AUGUAUUCGGCAAUAUCGUUUUUCGUCGUUCUUAUUUUAAUUGGAGUGCCGCUUUGGUGGAAAACAACAGAAGUUUAUAGAUUUAGUUUACCGUAUUCUCAAAUAGAUGUUUUACACGAACAUAAAUUAACAAUUCAAAUGAAUAUUCACGUUAUGACGAUAGACAAUAGCAGGGGAACAGCAAUAGUUGAGGAUUUAAAAAAAUUUUUUCAAAUCUCUAAAAUAUUCAACAUAACAUUUAAACAACAUACUGUAGAUAAACAAUUACUGGGGUCGUGUAAAACUUUGGCAGAAAUCGAAAAUAAAAUCAAACAUCCUUCAUAUGUUGGAAGUUUACAAUUGAUUGAAAUCCCUGGAUUAAGUAGAUUUGUGCCUUAUAGUAUUGUACUAGGAGAAAAAAGAACUAUUUACUUUGCGUCUAAUGUAGAUGUAGUAAAAUUAUACGACUUCAUAAAUACAAAAGUUUUGAAUGAAGAUGUUCUGGUUGAUACAACUCUAGAAAUCAACUUGCCAGUACAAAGUAAACUAAAUAAAAAUUCCAGGCACAAAAUUUCUUUGUCUGAAAGUUUUGACAUACUUUUUACAAUUUUAAAUCCAGAUCCAGAUCUGUUGGAUGUGACUUUUGAUAUUCAAAAAGCCAUUGAGGACUUUGUUACUCCAUUUAAAUCUGAUUUAAAUGAUAUGUAUGAAUUUCAUAUAAAAUCUCAGUGGCUUUAUUAUGUCGAUCUUCAAGUUCAAACAAAAUUUUUAAAUUUUACCGAUAAAGGUCCUCAUUUUGCUUUGCCUGCAGAUCUUUUACCUCAUGUAAUCACUCCUCUGGAAAAGAAGCUAGCUUCUCACGUGUCGAAAUAUCCAUGUUUGAAUUUUAUUUUAUACAUUCCUCCAUGUGCUACAUCUCCGUUAUUCAUAUAUACAAAAAAUGGUUUUAAAUUAGAAGGAGCAAACGCCUUUAUUUCACCAAAAUGGGGUGGAAUUCAAAUUUACAAUCACAACAGAAAUUUUUGUUCGGACGGUAAAAAAGUUGAGGUUAAUAUAGAUAGCAAUUAUGUUAUGUCAGUGUAUUUAGCGCAAUUUCGUUUACUUUUGGGAAUGCCCGAUAUAGCAGAAGUUCAAGAUACAAAAAAUUUAAAUAAAGUCAGGUUGUGGGAAAAAGAUUCGCUCCUUAGAUUGCGAACAGUUGAGCAAUUGACAUUUACAAAACUUACAUUGCAGUCUUUGUCGAAACUUCUCGGAAAAAUAAAUAACAUCGUGAUUAACGAUCAAGUCGGUCAUGCAAUAUAUUCAGCUUUAGAUAACGUUUACGAAGCAAGUGAAGCUCUCGGCAAAGGGGAUUUAUUAACUGGUUAUAAUUUAUCAAAGAAAGCUUUUCUGGCAUCCGAAAAAGCUUUUACGGAUCCCUCUUUGCUUUCUCUCCUGUACUUUCCCGACGAUCAAAAGUACGCGGUAUACAUACCAUUAUUUUUACCUAUAAUGAUACCAGUAUUAAUUUCUAUCAAACCGAUACUUCAAUGGUUAAAUUUGAAAUUAAAAGAAAAAUAA